AUGGCAAUGAGAUGCCACAGCAGCGAGCAUCACAACGAACCCACGCCUGUAGCGUCUGCGACUCGCGCUUCUCUCGACUGGCCCAUCUGCACCGCCAUCAACUCUUGCACACAGAUACACCACCCGAAUUAUUCCGGUGUCACGCAUGCGACAAGUCAUUCAAGCGGAAAGAUGUCUAUCAAAGACAUCAACGUGGAGUCCAUGGGCCUAGCAAGACCGAUAGUCGGACCCGCCGGAAGAAAUCUUGCGAGCGCUGCGUCCGCUACAAGCUCAAAUGCAGUCGAGAGAUUCCGUGUGCCGCCUGUAAGGACAGAAAUGUGUCUUGCAAAUACGAUUCUGCUGUAA